AUGCAAGGUCUAUGGUCCCGCGUUGCUCCAACGCAGUCGGCCUGUCGAUGCGUUUCCUGCCUCAGUACCAGCGCAACCGGAAUAACGUCCCGAACAGCAACCGCAGCAAGUAAAAGACGCCUUCGCAUAGGGAAUUCCGUCACGGCGCUGUACACCAGUAUCUUUGCUGCCGCAGCUCUGGCAGAUGCUCAAGCGAAGGACAAGCGCCGACAUGAGUGGGCCGAGAAAAUCGCAGCCGUGAAGGAGGAGGUGAAUGAAUUGGUAGAUGAAGAACAUCGGCUACUAGAAGCCCUUCAGGCUCGAAGGUUGCGAACACUUUCACAUGCAGCUUUACAAAAACGAUCAUUUACAACCUUGAGAUCGAUACCGACGGCCAGAAGCGGCCAAUCGCUCCAAAGGAAUCCUCCUAGUCGUUGGGUCCAUGCAGCACAAGAUCUUGACCAUGAGGUACACAACGAAUUCAUCCACAAUCCUGACCCCGAGGAGCCAAGUGUAUUCCUCCAAAAGGAUGAGUUCGAGCAAACCAGCCGAGAUCUUCGGGGAAUGAUUGAGGACGAUGGUGAUUUUGACGAUGAUACAUCACCGAUAGAAAACGCUUUCUUCCUUGAAGAUGUCGAGAUUCCGAAGUGGCUGUCGGACGAUUCGGUUCGACAGAAGGCCAUCCGGAAACUUGCACUGAAGCAACUAGCGAUACGACUUUUGCUUCGCGAGUCAGUCGCACACAAUUACGCGGGUAUUCCGAUGAAGUAUUCGGCCGACUUUGAGGUACCCCAACUCAAUUUCGCGGAAUUGUUGACUGAACUGAACAACAUCCGGCGCAGAAUUCGUCUUCUGAAAACCAACCAAGGUGCAUUUUUUGACGAUCUGGCAAAGGAGCUCCGCGUACGGUCGGUCAAGGAGCUGCAAAUUGAGCGUGAUAGGCUCGACGAUGAAGCAAGCCGAGAUGUUUCAUUAUUUCUCAGAGACAAAAUGUCGCUUCAGGAAUUGCUUCUACGAUUAGCGAAUAAUCUACUUCAGUCCUCGGAUCCUGAUCGACCGUAUUGCAUGAAGUUGAUGAUCUUGACUUUCACCAAAUCCAUGCAAAAUGAUCUUACGGAACUGGUACUCAGGACGCUGCUGCCGCACAGAUUUCCAUUGAACUCCUCUCUCAUCAUCUCAAUUUUGACCUAUUUCAAAAAAGCUAAAAAUCUCCAAGGGUUUGAUGCGUUCCUAAGAAUGCUUCGGGGUGAAGGAUACCCGGUGGAUAUGGGCAGAUUGGGUUAUUACAAACGGAUGGUCGUCAAUGGCGUGGAAAUAACUGUCCCCCCUGUGGCCAGUGCUAAUCCUGUCAUCUAUACGACGCUGAUCACGGCAGCUUUACGCUUCAAUCAACCGGAUCGAGCUGAUGCCUGGCUUCAAGCAGGGAGGCAACACGGGGUUACAGACGACUUCUCGACCCUGUACGCCUAUCUGAAGUAUUAUGCCCGAAGGUCUGACUGGCGAAACGGGCUGUAUACACUAAGGAGAUCGCUUGCCUUCCUAACUUGUUCUACUCUACACUCGCUCCGGCAUGUCGAGAGAUUGAUUGCACACAUGGUGCAACUUUGCGACUGGUGUGGAAAAUGGGAGUUAUCAGAUGCUAUGAUCAAAGCCGCAAUCGAUAGCGGUUUUGACUGGAGUACCGCGAUCAAAAAUCAACAAGACAUCAACCUUGCCCAAGAUCCUCGCAUCGACGUUUGGCAGAAGAAGGUGGACGAAAAGACAAUAGAGAAACGAAGCAAGCCUGUAUGGGAGAAGACUUUUGCCUUUGCCGACUUAUUUGUGGAGCAAUUGGACGAUCUCAUUAUAUCCGAGGAAAAGGACCCCGCCACCCGCUGGCAGAGUAUGGUUGCCCUGCAUUCUCGGGAAGUAUUGUCAGCUAUGCUUGCUGGCCCUCUUCAUAAAUACAAAGACGCAAAACCGACCGAUCCUGCUCCCCAGCGGAUCCUCAGUCCGGACGAUGCCAACUUCGUUGAGCAUGUCGAUUCCGGCCGCCUUGAAGAAUACGCAAUAUCCACUACGAACGCGCAGAAGAUGCAGCAGGAAGAAAUUAACAAUCUGAGAUCGGAAGUGCAGCAAUUGAAGAAUAUUGUUUCGCAACUACACCGAACCGUUAUCCAAAAGCCGUCCUCCACCCCAUUCAGAGAUGGCCGGCGCGCGGGACGUCAGGAUUUCUCAACCGUGGCUUCCAUCAGCGACGCCAUGGACCCUCCAGAGGGGAAACGAUUCAACCUACGGUUCAUUUCUGAUCCUCAAAAUUCACGAAAAGUGGUGGAGCGGGAAUCGGAUGCUCCAGCAGAAUGA